AUGGAACAGUAUUUGGUUAAUUUGGUCGAUGAUUUAGACGUUUCGACCGAUACAUCAAUAAACAAAGGAAAAAAUCUUCCAAUGAUCGCUGAUUAUAUGAGCGAGAUAUUUGGAAAAGCAAUAGAUUUAAUUUCCAUCUCAUUGGAUAAAUUAUUUAUAAAUAUCUAG